UUUCUGCUUGGUCCUGGGCCAGUCCAGCAUGGCGGUGCCCAGUGCAUCAGCGAGCGAGUCUGAUUCUAGCAGUGAAGAGGAUGUGCAGAAGCUCCGGGAGGCUGCCUGGAGUUUCGACACGAAGGAAACUCAAAAGCAAACCCAAGCAGGUGAAAACACCAAAGGUGUGAGAAAUGGCUUUGCUUCAGCCAGACCAAGUCGACGCCCACGCGUGGAUGAGCACGAGCACGAUGCCAAUGAGCUGCAGACCACUCCAGAGUUCCGCGCACACGUGGCUAAGAAGCUGAGCGCCAUGCUGGACGGCAGCAUAACAGUGACAGAGGAAGCUGCAAGUCCUCCCGCCGGCCCAGGCAGUGACAACGACGGAUUUCGUUUGUUCUCCACCUCCGUCCCGGGGGGCACUGCAGAACCGGACCCUCCCCCAGCAGCGAGGCGCCGCCCCCCUCCCAGCUCCAGUGACUCGGAUAGCGAGAUGGAGGAAAGGCUGAGGGAGGCAGCGGUGUCAGGGACAGACAUCCUGAAGCACAGCGCCAUCCCCAGCCAGCAGAACCAGGGAGUGCAGGAGGAGGGGAGGAAGGGAGUGAGAGAGGAGGGGGGAAGCUGCAGUGAGCAGAGCGCCACACCGCUGGUUCCAAAGAAGAAGAAAAAGAAGAAGAAGUUAAAAGAGAGCAGGCUGGAGGAGGAGGGUAACUGCACCCCAGAGACUGGCAGGAAAAUCAAAGCGAAACGGGACACCUAAGAGACGGCUUCCCAGCCUGGAGAAGAGCGCCCACACCCACCCGCACACGGAAACGCAGGUUGGCUGUGGCACAGGGGAAAGGCAUUGAGAAGCUGGGAGUCUGGAGCAGUACAGUGUGUAUAUGUACUGCACAUCCAGCUGUGUGCACGGGACAUGCUGGGUUCUUUGGAGUUUGUUUCUCUGGGCACAGAUCCAUAUCCUGAUUGUAUAAUAAAGUAGAAAUAAGGUAUAAGCCUCAGUGGGUUCUGCCUUCCAACUGUACAGAACCUUUGCAUAUUAAAGGGAUGUUUUCUAACUCCAGUUUGUUUGUC